AUGAUCCCCACACCCAGAAGCAAAUAUAGCUUGCGCGAAAGGAAGCCAAAUGCAACACCUACUCCCACGGCCAAGCUCUCUUCCCCUAAAGAUACCGCCCCCAAAAAGAUUUCCUCAAAGAGGAUUGCCUCUAAGAAGGCCGUAACAAUGGUCGUUUCACCAAGCUCAACAGAGAAGGAGGAGGAGGUAGAGGGGGAGGAGGAGGGGAUUGCCCCCAAGAGGAAGCGGACAAGGAGGAAGAAGAACCCACCCCCCUCGCCUGUGUUCAAUCCCGCCAUUAAUGAACCAAGGCCACCCGAGAGUGACUCUGAGGAUGAUGGCAGAGACGACGACGACGACGACGAUGAUGAUGAUGAUGAUGAUGAUGAUGAUGAUGAUGGCGGUGGCCUUGCCAGGACCAAAAAACGUAAAAUUACUGCUACACAAAGUAUUACUGUAGCCAAAAGGGUUACUGCAGGUCGAAAGAUCCCAAAGGGUCAAGGCGUAGACUACGAUAUUACCAUCGGCCGCAAGUACCAAGCUGAGCCAUGCGUACAUACCCCACAUAUCUCCGAAGAGCGUCUUCAAGAAAUAUUCGCGAAAAUCAGAAAGAAUAUCAAAAAGGGUGUCACUGAGCAAACUAUAACCGUCAGACCCUGGAAUUAUAUACUUCCCACCAAGGCACAGAUUUCCCGCCGUAAACAACAAGGUAUCCCGCUGUACACCGAGAUUGGCUGCACCAAGAUUGCGGCUACCAAAACAAAGAUCACUCCUGCACUUCGUGCCCCCGCUCUCAUCGCAUUGGAGAGAGAAAGACAGAUUGCUAAAUUGAGGAGCACUCGCGCAUCGGUAGCCUCAAAGGUCUUCAAAAUCACAGAAACUAGGGACAGAUCCACCCCACCCACCUCUAAGAACGAAGAGCGAGAGCAAGGGGGAGAGGAAGAUGAAGAGGAUGAGGAAGAUCAAGAGGAUAAAGACGAGGAAGAAGAUGAGGAAGAGGACGUAAACGAUAACAGCGAGGAGGAAGACGAAGAAGAUGAGAAUGAGGCGGAGGCGAAAGAUUCCAUCACAUGUUCUCUCUCAGUCUAUUCUCCAUACUGGAGCACUCAUAAGAAGGAAACGGAAGAAGAAGAUGAUGAUUACGUCCCACCAUCCCCCUUAAACCGUAUCGCGUUGAAUACACGACGUGGGGUCGGGGGGGAUAAAACCAAAUCCUCUCCUUCGCCUUAUAUUAAUCCCUUCAAAUAUCAGCUCAAAAAACAAGAUAGCCGGUCAGCUGAGGCCCAAGCCAAAUCUUCUGAAGACCAGCCAUCUGCUCUAGGCGAAUCUUCAUCCCAGGCCCAGGAUACAUCUAUAAACGCAGAGUCCAGAGAAGAAAGGCCUAUUAUCGCUUACUCACGCGCCACCAAAAUAAGCGAGACUUCUUCGUCUACCAAUACUGAACUGUAUGGAAUUAAAAAUUCCAAAAACAUUCUUUCUCCAGUUAAGGCAAUCGGCUCUCAUCCGCGUGCAUACAUGAGGAAUGCCUCUCCGUCACCCUCAAGUGCAUCUUCCUCGAUAGGAAUUAUGGGCCCUCCUCAACGUCCGUCCACGCCCAGAUCUUCUUCAUCUGUCCAAAUAGUUCCUACCUCAGUUAGGCCCGUGGAUUCUCGUGAAUAUCAAUCCACACCUAGGUCGUCGUUAUCUGUUCGAUCAUCCAGCCAGUUUUCAAACGACCAAAGCAAUUCACCCCAUGGGAGAGCUCAAACCACUCCCCCACGCGAGUUUCUGGAUAGUUCACGCGCCAUAUCUCCCUCGUCCACCGGACGCUUUUUGCACUAG